UCCAAUCUCUAAGCAGCCGUCUUCGUUCACACCACCUCUGGACAUCUCAGGAAUGAACAUUGCUGCGGAUAACCAGGGUGUCGGAUUGGUCAUAUAUGAAGAUGUUAUGUAUAUACCACAACCUGGUGGAAGCUGGAACGGGAUUGACCAGCAAACUCUCCGUCGAUGCAUCCAUGGAUACAGUCCUGCACGCCGGGUGGCAUGGGGCAGCGAGCAUGGCGGUAGGCGUUUCCUCGGUUGUCCUAUAAAUGGACAAGAAUGUGCAUGGAGCUGUUGGGUUGAUCCGGAACAUGGAACUCCCAUGAAGAACUACCUGGCAAGCCUACAUCUGGACUUAGAAAAUACAUUGGUGAAACUAGAAGAUGCCAAUGAAGAGAAAAGUUACAAGGACAACCAUUUCCUUUCUAAGAACAAGAUGCUGAAGGAGCGACUUCUAUCAAUUAGUGCAGAUUCAAAGAAGAAAGAUUACGUAAUACUUUUUUGUAUUUCACUUCUACUGAUAUUCAUUAGUGUUUACUAUCACUGAAAUUGAUAUUUCACUGAUUGUAAUAUUAUUCAGCACCUUAGAUCAUCACUCUAUGUACUAGCUGUACUAUCUCUACAUUUCAGUAUUUCACAUCAUGAACUACUCAUGUUUCACUUCAUGUACUACUUAUG